UAGAGUAGUGUACCGUCGUGCUAAGGCCAGUACUACUGGUGGCAGCCCUCGCACCCGCACUACUUCCUAGCCAACUACUGCUGCUCUAUAUGCAGGGACCAGCGCACGCGUAUAUCGUCCUUCUCUUGCCCUGUUGGCGGUUGUUUGCACGCCAGUUCAGUUGCAGGAUCUACUAUCCACCGAUCGCCUGUGUGAGUUGGACGAAGAGUGGCAGAAGAACUGAUGAGAGUCGUUUGUAUGAUUAGGCUUGCUCCUAGUUGCAAGGUAGUUGAUGUGUUCCCCGAGCGUGGGAGUUGUUCAAAAGGAGCUCUUCCUCCGCCUCCGUCAAGUAGUACUACUAGUAUUGGGAGAGGAUCGACGACGUGCUGGAGGAGGCGUGUAGGGACGUGAAGCUGAGUUUGGUUGGUGUCGUGAUGGAGAAGGCCCGCAAUGCUUGCUGGCUGUUCCUGACCUUGCUGCCCAUCUUGGUAUCAACAGCCCAUGCUGCUGGGUCUCUGAGUGUCGUGUCAAGCUCUGCCGACCACCUCUAUUUCCUCGGCAAUGAAACGAGAACUUGGCCAAGUGCGCAAGACUUCUGUACCAGCAAUGGCGGACGGCUUGUGGACGUUCUCAGUGACAACACGCAGAGUGCCCUGCAGACGAUGUUGUUGUCAAAUCCAGCUGGUGCAGCUCUGAGUGGCGUUGCAUGGAUCGGAUUGAAAGCUAACGGAACAUCCAAUGAUUCUUCAUCCUACAGAUGGCAAUCUGGUCAAGUACCAAUCUACAUGGACUGGCUGCCCUAUGCACCACGGCCGAACCCCGCUCACUCCACCGUGGACAUGUCAUGUGUGGUGCUGGCGUAUGACGGAACUUUCGGUUGGAACAACCUGGACUGCUCCGAGCAGCGCUACUUCAUCUGCCAGGCGGACUACUCGUCCUCGACGUGUUUCGACCUAUCCAUCGUGUCCUCGUCUCCCGUGCUUGCGUAUCACCCGUGUCCGCCGUACGCGCACUGCCUGUUCGGCCAUCGGGCGUGCUGCCACGACGGCUUUGCGCUGAGUGAGCUGUCGCACACCUGUGUGGACGUUAACGAGUGUCUAUCGUCGCCGUGCCACGACGACGCCACCUGCAACAACACGCAGGGUUCCUUCCAGUGCCGGUGUGAGCCGGGUUUCGUCGGCAACGGCUUUGACUGCGAGGACGUGGAGCACCGAUGCUUCCUGCUGGACCCCACCUCGUGUCCGGGCAAUCUGACGUGCCUCACGGGCACCAACGGCGAGAACGUGUGUGGGUGCGCGCCGGGCCUCAUCAUGCAGGGCGCGAGCGAGGUAGGCGAUUGUAUCGACCUGAACGAGUGCGAGAUCAACGGUACGGCUGUCCUAUGUCCGUCCAAUUCCCAGUGUGUCAACACGCACGGAAGUUACGAGUGUCCGUGCGACGUCGGUUACGUGACUUUCGUCGCCGACAUCAACAACGAAGAAGCGUCGGCGACGUGUGAAGAUGUGAACGAAUGUUCCAAGAGUAGCAAUCGCACGGUCGCCUGUGGUCUAAACGCGCACUGCAGUAAUACUGUCGGGUCGUACCGUUGCCUGUGCGAUGACGGUUUCAGCCGACAGCCUCCCCCCGGCGCUGCCUGUAUUGAUGACGAUGAGUGCAAGUCGAGCACGCACAACUGCAGCACGGCACACGCCACCUGCUCCAACCUGCCCGGGACGUUCGAGUGCCGCUGCCAUGAUGGUUACCUUGGCGACGGGACGGAAUGCGACGACGAGGACGAGUGUGCGACACAGCAGCACACGUGUCACGUCACGGCCACGUGCACAAACGCAGCGGGAUCCUACGUGUGUUCGUGUGCGUCGGGGAUGAGCGGCGAUGGACGCACGUGCUCGGACGUGGACGAAUGCGAACUGAGCGAGGGCCGGUCUCCAUCGCUGUGCGGCCCGCACAGUCGCUGUACCAACACGGUCGGGUCUUAUAUGUGUAGCUGUGUGGAUGGUUACCAUGGCGAUGCUUACGUGAACUGCACUGACGUGGAGGAAUGUGUCACUGUGUCGGCAACGGCAACAACCACUACAGCGGAUGAUAACAACGACGAUGGCAACGAUGUCGUGCAGUGCCCGAUCAACACUGCUUGCCGGAAUACUGACGGUUCGUUCCGAUGUGCCUGCAUUACUGGGUACCGCGAGGAGAAACCCAUCGUGGACUCGGAUCCACUUAACACACUGUGUUUGGAUGUUGACGAGUGCUCUGACGGGACACACCAGUGCAGCGACAACGCAGUGUGCAGCAACGUGCCCGGUUCGUAUUCGUGCAAGUGUGGUCGUGGCUACAACGCCUUCCCGGAAGACAACCCGAGAACUUGCCUGGAUAUUGACGAGUGUUCUGCUGAGGACGUGGGGCAGAACAAGUGCGCUGAGCGAGACGCUCACUGCGUCAACCUCCCCGGCACGUACCGCUGCGACUGUUACCCGGGCAACACGUACGACGACGCCGCCAAACGCUGCAUCGCCAUCGACCUGUGCGUGUUGGAGCGGCACAACUGCACCGGGCCCAACGUGCACUGUUACCCGGGCAACGACACGUUCACCUGUCGCUGCGACCUGCUCCACGAGGGCGAUCCGACGGUGGGCUGCACGCCCGUGGACCGGUGCAAGUACGAUCUGCAGAAGUGCAACGUGGGCACGCAGCGCAACGAGGUGUGCGACAUGGACUUCUCCACGCUGCAGGCGUCGUGCAUCUGUAGCCACGGUUACCGCCGCUCGAUGACCAAUCACUGCGUGCGCAUCGACCCCUGCGUGGCCGGCCUGCACAACUGCUCUUUGGAGUUUGUCUGCGUUACCACGCCGACCGAGUUUGAGUGCCGCUGCGAACACGGUUACGAGGUGAGCGAGUUCCCGGACCGGCACUGCGUGAAGAUCGACUUCUGCGCCACGGGCUCGCACAACUGCAACGAGACCACCGAGGACUGCAUAGACGACGGCAGCAGCGGCUUUCAGUGCCGCUGCACCAGCGGCUAUACAAACUUGAACAGCGCUAGCGGUCGAUGCGUGGACGUAAACGAAUGUGGCAUGGCCUCGCCGUGUAGCGUGAAUGCAGACUGUACCAACCUGGCCGGGUCGUAUCGCUGCACCUGUCGUCGUGGUUACGAGGGUAGUGGCGUGGACUGUGCCGAGGUUGACGAGUGCCAGCAGGGCAGCCAUGGUUGCCAUAGGAACGCCGCCUGCAACAACACGGUGGGCUCGUUCGAGUGCGCGUGCCUCGCCGGUUACCUUGGCGACGGGCGCGAGUGCCGAGAGAACCAAUGCCUGACGGGCAGUCACUCGUGUCAUGCCAAUGCCGACUGUUCGAUGACGUCGACAUCAUUCGACUGCUCCUGCCUGAAAGGAUUCGUUGGAAGUGGCACGCUCUGUACCCCUCUCUUCCCAGUACCAUGUCCAGCGGAGACUGUAGACACGGUCCAGGGCACGUUCAUGUGGCCACUGACCUACGCAGCCACUGCCACCGUAUCGCAGCCAUGCCCGUUCGGCCACAUCGACGAGGAGUUGAGCACCGCCGGCCUGACGGGUGUCUUCAUGGCAAGCCAGGCGGUGGCGCAGAGGACGUGCGUCUGGGACCCGGCUACCAUCCAGCCUGUUUGGCUGCCGGCCGAUGUGUCGCAGUGUCGCUUCGAGUCCGCAGUCUCCAACGAUCUGUACCAGCUAACCGGGGAGACAGUGACCGAAACCAAUGCAUUGGAGAUUGGACAUCGCGUGGAGGAAAUCGCCACGGAAACGAAUGCGCUGGACUCCAUUGACGUCAGUCUCACGUCCACGUUGCUGGAACGCCUGGCAAACUUGCAAACGACCGUUUCCGACGCCGCCAAGCUUGAAGACACUGUUGUGUCUGCCAUCGACGGCAUCCUGCAGAAUGCUGCCACGACGGCCAUUGCCGACAGCCAGCGUGAGAAGAAUUCGUCAGCAAGACUAUUGCAGACCAUUGAGAAGCUGACGGCACGUGCCGAUCUUAACGGCUACACGUCACGCACUCUGCUACGUAACGACAUCCAGGUGAGCAUUGCCGACAUACCUCUGAGCAUCGAGCCGGGCUACCGCGUCGGUCUCAACGUUCUGCCGGCUGGUCUCACGUCGCUGUCCUCAACACGAGCUGCACCGACUACUAAGAGCGAGCCCAGCCCUGUGGCCGGCGGAUCCUUUCAGCUGUUCGUCGACAAACACGAGCCCGCGAUCGGAGCAGCGUCGAUCUCGAUCCCGUCCGACGUCCUCCUGGAGAUCGGCGAUCGGCCGAGCGCUCGAGUCUCAUUCUCAUUGUUUGCGAGCGACUCCCUGUUCCCGGUACUGGCCAGGGGUGGUCGCGUGACGAAUAAUCAGAGCGAGGAGCCAGAGCGUAUAAUCGACAGCAUGGUGAUCAGCGCGUCGGUGCCCGGACAGGAGGUGGUCAACUUGCCCGCAUCCAAGCCGGUCAACAUCGUCCUCAAGCAGCUCGGCGUGGCGGAGAACAUAUCAGCUGGUGAUCUGGAGCCUCUCUGCGUGUUCUGGGACUUUGGGGCAAACGAUGGUCUGGGCGACUGGAGCAGCAAUGGCUGUCGAGUAGUGCUGGUGAAUCGCACUAGCUCAACAGUGCAUUGCCAGUGCAAUCAUUUGACGAACUUUGCAAUCUUGCUGGUACCCAAAGUGCCCACGUCGCAGCGUAAGGGCUUGACGUACCUCACGCUGAUCGGUGCCUCUAUCUCCGUAUUUGGAUGUGUGCUGACCUUCAUCACACUCAUGCUCUUCAGGAGAUUUCGUCAGCAGAUUCAGCUACGUAUCAUCAUGCAGAUCAGCCUGGCAUUACUCUGCACUCUUGUCACGCUGCUCUCCGGUGCCACGGCAACGGGGAUUCGACCAAUCUGCAUCACCGUGGCCGCGCUGCUACAGUACUUCCCACUGGUCAUGUUCUGCUGGACACUGGUGCAGAUCUUUCAUCUGCAUCGUAUCAUCGUGCGCGUCUUCACCAAGGAGAUUGAUAUGUUCUUCACCAAAGCGGUGCUGUUCGCAUGGGGAGUGCCGCUUCUCGUGGUGGUGGCCACCAUGUGCGCGGACGUGUUUGAGUUCACACACUACGGCAAUGAGGAAUACUGUCGACUUCAGGGACUGUCGUUCUACGUCGGCUACUUCGGGCCGAUUUGUUUCAUCCUGUUCACGACGCUUAUGUUCUUCCUGCGCUUGCUCUGCGUGAUCAUCAAACCCAAGCCAGAGCAAGCCAUGGCGGAUCUGGAUGAUCAUAAACGCAAUUUGAAGGUUGCCUUCUCGCUGAUCACCGUGCUGAGUCUGACGUGGGUAUUCGGCGUCUUCACGCUGGCCCCGGGCGCCAACAUCAUCUUCACGUACAUCUUCACCGGUCUCAACGCACUGCAGGGAUUCACCAUCUUCGUCUCGCACAUCCUGCUGAGGCCGGAGAUUCGCGAGGCGUGGCUCAAGAUGAUCCGUCGCGACGGCCUGAUGACUCGCGAGGAGGAGAGGCAGGCGUCGCUGAACAAUCGCGAGCGUCGCUCGUCGCAGAUGCAGCUGCAGGAGAACAUCACACUGUCGACGGUCAACGCGCUGCGUUCCAAGCGCGACAGCAUCACGCCGAACUCGCCGCAGGUGUCGCGACGCUCCAGCUUCGACUGCGGCUCGCUGCGCUACGUGAUGAAGAGCUGGCACGCCAACCCGGGCCACACCAGUCCACAGGCCAUCGGUGGCAGCUCGUGCAGUAGCGGCGAUACCACACCGAGAACACUGCGCUCCACGUGCACCUCGACGUGUACGCCCAGCAACUGCACCAUCAUUGAGAACUCGUUUGCCACGUCGCCUCCCACCGGUCCGCGACAUCAGCGGCCGCGACUCAGUGUUGAGCAGCUUAUCUAGUGAAGACAAUCAGUGCUUCCACUGGCCAACCUGAAUAUGCCCUCUGCUUCACGCAGGGCUAGUUUGACACAGUGUGGCACAGUGUACUAAUAACUGCAUAGAACAUGUCAUGCCAGUAUACACGGUUGUCGCACGCUCCAUUCUUGAUCUGCAGGGGGGGAUUUUGUGGUACAUAUACUGUAUACGUGUGUGCAGCAUGCAUGUGCUAUGUGCUAUGUUACACACAUGUGUGCACAUUCGUGACUAAAAGAGUGCGUGUGCGUGUGCGUGUGCGUGUGUGUGUGUGUGUGUGCGUGUGUGUGUGUAUAUCGUGCACUUUCGAUAGACCGAAUUGAGUUGACCGCUUUAUUAACACUAGAAUUGAACACAGGAUCAUGUUGCUCUGUCAUUGAAAUCAGUGAUGAGUCGAUAGGAAGACAUUAUUUCCGGCCUUUUUCUCGUAAACCAAGUUUCAUCUCCCACCUGUACGCAGCUACCACAUUGCCUUGAGGUAUUAUUAAUAUGAUUGAUAAGAACACAGCAAUUGACCAUUUCAAAUUCUAUUUUUCUCAGUAAUUAUCUUUCCUAUCUUCUGAACAAAUUUAUCACGGUGGAAAUAAUCGCGCCGGAUUUGCUGCACCUGUUGCACGACUUUGA